AAUCACAAAAAAGUAAAAUUGGAGAGAGAUCUCUUAAUUCCCGUCAAUGACUAUAUGAGCUUGGUUUCAGUGAAGUUGAGUCGUUGUUACAUCUCAACCAAUCCAAUUUUUUCCUUAAAAUAUAAGCAACUUCAUUUUCAUUACUUAGUUACUCUUUCUUACUUUCCAUAAAUCACAGAUCCACUGUUUCUUCUUUUUCGUUUUUCCAUUUUCCCGAGAAAGUGUGGGAAAACAAUGGAAAAAAUGAACAAAGCCUUCGAGAAAGUGAAAAUGAUGGUUGGAAUGGAAGUAGAAGACGAAGAGCAACAAGCUGCGGCAUUGGAUAACGAAAGCUCCUUCGCUUUCAUGGAUGAUUUCAAUCGCAACUGUACCUUAACUACCAAACAGAGACUAUAUGGUUUUGCCAUUUGCUUUGCUGCUGGAGUAACCUGCACACUGUUGUCUAUGCUUGUUUUCCUCAAACCAAUCAAGUUUGGGAUAACAUUCACUCUUGGUAAUUUGCUUUCACUUGGAAGCACAGCAUUCCUCAUAGGUCCUAAAAGGCAAGUAUCGAUGAUGCUUGAUCCUGUCCGCAUUUAUGCAACUGCCAUAUACAUCGCAAGUAUGAUAAUUGCCUUGUUCUGUGCACUUUAUGUUCAUAACAAGUUGCUGACACUUCUUGCAAUUAUCUUGGAGUUUGGGGCUCUAGUUUGGUAUAGCUUGAGCUACAUACCUUUUGCAAGGUCCAUGGUUUCAAAGAUCAUGGUUUCAUGCUUUGACACAGAAUUUUAGGUUAAACAUUCAAAACACUAAAGCAUCCUCUAUUGAACUGCAUUGAUGAUACCCUUGACAUACAUGCAAUCCUGAAGAUAGACCUUGUCACUCAAAGGAUGGAUUGUGAUUCAUCCUUGCGCUCCUUUCUUUUCUGGAAUCUUGUCUAGGUUCCAUUUGUUCGGUAGAAGUAAAAUCUUGUGCAUUUGUAUAAUGUUGUCGGUGAGCUAAUGUAAAGAGUUAUGUUUCUCAACCAUUUGUCCUUUCUUUUAUCUUUUUUCAUAUUAGUAGUUUUGCAUUGGGUAAGACAGUGUGUCAAACUUAAGAGUCAUAUUUGUCUACAAGGAACAUUGAGUAAUUCUUGAAUGCCUUAGUUGCCACAAUUUUGUUUGUAAUUUCCAAAGAUGGUUUUGUUCUUUGAUAAGAAGCAUGCAUUCCACUAAA